AUGUGGCGAUCUUCGAAGGUGUUAAGGUUUUUGGUACCGUUGAUUGUGGCUGUUGGUGUAGUGGUUUCGAUGAGUCCUAAGGCCUUCAUUUUUAGUACAGACUAUGUAGAGAAAUACAUGAAAUCGAGAUUGCCGGAAGCUGAUCAUUUAACAAAUUCCUCGGAAUUGCAUUCCAUUCAAGACUCAAAUCUAAAACAGCCGGUACGAGAAAAGCAAGUACAUGAAAAUGGAACCAGGAUUCCUAGAUCACAGAAAAAGUACAGCAAUUUGGAGAAGCUGGAAGUUGGUCUUGGACAAGCUCGAGCUGCCAUUAGAGAAGCUCAACAUGGGAACCAAACAGAAGAUUCUUUCUAUGUCCCCGACGGUCCUAUGUAUUGGAAUCCCAAAGCCUUUCAUAGGAGCUACUUGGAAAUGGAAAAACGACUCAAGAUAUAUGUUUACGAAGAAGGGGAGCCCCCGGUGUUUCAUUAUGGUCCCUGCAAGCAUACGUAUGCAAUCGAGGGAUUUUUCAUUCAGACAAUGGAAAUUAGCCGUUUUCGGACAAGUAACCCGAAGAAGGCCCAUAUUUUCUUCCUUCCAUUCAGUGUGACAAUGCUAACUCAAGUAAUUUACGUGGCUGAAUCACACGACUGGAGUCUCAUGAAAAACACAGCCUCCGAUUAUGUCAAUGUUAUUGCUCAAAAGUAUCCAUACUGGAAUCGAAGCCUCGGCGCUGAUCAUUUCAUGCUUGCUUGCCAUGAUUGGGGUCCUGAAAUUUCAUUUUCAAUUCCAUAUCUACACCAAAAUGCAAUUCGAGCUCUAUGCAAUGCAAAUACCUCAGAAAGAUUUGACGCCAUCAGAGACGUUUCCAUCCCAGAAAUCCUCCUUCCAUCCGGCACAAUCGAUGGCAUGCUCGGCGGUCCAUCGCCGUCUAAACGUCCGAUACUCGUCUUCUACGCCGGCGGAGUUCACGGCCCCAUUCGACCAAUUCUCCUGGAACACUGGGAAAACAAAGAUCCAGAUGUUCAAAUAUACAAAUACCUUCCAAAGAACAUAUCCUAUUAUGGGAUGGUUCGAAAAAGCAGAUAUUGCAUUUGCCCCAGUGGAUAUGAAGUGGCUAGUCCAAGAAUGGUGGAGGGUCUUUACAUGGGGUGUGUUCCAGUGCUUAUUAAGGAUGAUUAUGUGAUUCCAUUCAGUGAUGUUCUGAAUUGGAAGACAUUUUCUGUUAUAAUUCCGGUGAAGGAUAUACCAAAUUUGAAGAAAAUCUUGUUGAGCAUUCCUCAAAGGCAGUAUAUAAAGAUGCAGAGAAGAGGGAUUCAAAUGAGGAAACAUUUUGUGGUUAAUUCUCCUCCGAAACGGUACGAUGUUUUUCAUAUGAUACUGCAUUCGAUAUGGCUUAGGAGACUCAACAUUGGACUUCGUGAUGUCCAUGCAGAGGAAUGA